UAUUAAUGAUGAAGCUUGUGAAAUUGUGAUGAAUCACCAAGGUGUUUUUAAAAUUAUUGACUUAUUAAAUAGUUUAUCUAGGGUAGAAUCAACAGAAACUAGAUAUUUGAUAUAUGUUUCUGUUGGCUGUCUUAUGAAUCUAACAGACACAAUAGAAAAAGUACAGGAACAAGCUAUUGCAGGAGGUGCUAUCAGCUUAUUGUUAAAGUAUUUAGAAAAAUAUUAUGAAGAUGAAGAAAUUGCAACCAACUGUUUGUUGGUUUUGAAUUGUUUAUCUGUUUGUGAAAAUGGCAAAUCAGAAUUAAUGGGAAAGUCAAGUUUGAGUUCUUUAAUGAACGGUCUUGAAAAACCUCUGUCAAGUGAUUUGAUGGAUUCGUUGUUGGAUUUACUGGAGUAUCUUGCAGAAAAUGAUCCUGCCAAAAUAAACAUGGCUGAAUUAGGUAUGGGAGAUAUUAUGUUGCAAGUUAUCGAGAAAUGUCAUCAAAAUCACUGGAAGGAUGAAAGUCAACAUAUUUUAAAACUAGCUUGUGAUUUAAUCAUUCUUAUUUUAACUGGAGAUACUAGUAUGAGCAUUUUAUAUGAAGAAGGUAAUGGAAAUGUCUAUCAGAAAACUAAAUGUUGGUUGAAUUCGGAUGAUGAUGUCAUGCAGAUUGCUGGUGCCUUAGCAGCUGGGAAUUUUGCUAGAAAAGAUAGUUAUUGUAUACAUAUGGUUGAAGAUCACAUAUCAGAAAGUCUUUUGUGUCUUCUUGAAAAACAUAGUAAAGAUAAUGAUAUCAGACUGUUGCAUGCUGUUUUAUCAGCUCUCAGAAAUUUAGCUAUACCUGCUCAAAAUAAGAUCGUUCUUGCUCAACAAGGUGCUAUUGAAAAACUUCUUCCUUUGAUAUCUGUAGAAGCUUAUCCUAUAAUAUUUAAAUUGUUGGGAAUAUUGAGAAUGUUAAUAGAUAAACAAGAGAAAGCUGCAGUUAUUUUAGGAGAAAAUAAAGAAUUUGUACAGAAAGUAAUAGAAUGGUGCAAAUCUGAUGAUCAUCCUGGAGUCAAAGGAGAAUCAACAAGAACAAUAGCUUGGUUAGUGAAGAAUUCACUCAAUCAAAGUGUGAUGAAAAAUAUAGCAGAAGCUGGUGGUCUCUCAUAUUUAAUAGAGAUGAUUGGUUCAAAGUAUCCGGUAAUGCAGAAUGAAGCAAUCGUGUCUUUAACAUUAAUUGCAUCUACUGUUUUGAAUUCAUGUAAAGAUGCAUUUGAUAUGGAAAAAAUAGUGCAUGUUCUUUGUCAGUGCUUGUCAAGUGAAGUUGCACCCGAAGUUGUUCAGAACAUUUUGACUUUCAUUUCUAUUUUAGCCAGUUCAGAUUUGAAAGAAGAACUGUUGAAGUGGAGUGAUAUCAAAUCAUCAAUCCAGCUCGUUUCAGAAAAUUCUAAUGAAGACAUAUCCAAGCAAGCCAAGAAUAUUCUUCAGAUUUUAGAAUCUUAAGCAAAGCCUUGUAUAUCAUAAAUUUAUAUUUAUUAACAGAUAGGUGCUAACUUUAUUUUUGGUGCCGAAAAUAUGUUUAUAUAUAAUUAUAAAAAUUUUAUUUAUAUUCUCUUGUAAAUUCAAAAUGCCAUUUCAAAUACUCAUACCAAAAUUAUUAGUGUAUAGAUGUAGUGAUUAGAAGCAUUCCCUAUAAAACUCAUACUAGUCAUGUUAACAAACUUUGAACAUUUCCAUUUUUUAGUUUACCAAAAAAAAUUCCUCUCGUAGAGAUUAUUUUUAUAUACACAUUCCAAAGAUGAGCCAAAGUUGUUUUAUUUGUAUGGUGCUUUAAAUUUAUAAAUGUUGGAGUGUAUAUUUUAAUUUUAAAAACUACUUUAACAUUGUGAAAGUGUAUUCGUUUGCAGUCUUAUCUCACUCGAUAUUCAACUUUUCCGUCUCUUUUCUCGGAAAACGAUUUAUAACUGUCUGAAAUCAAUUUCUAAAUUUUAAUCUUUUUUUAUAUGUUUUUUUAAAUGUUAUACAAAACAGAUCUUUUGAUAUUUGUAAUUCUUUUAGAAUCUCUAAGAUUGUCAUUUUAUAAUUAUACUCUUUGUACGUCGUACAUUUCUAACUUCUGUGAUCAACCGUCAUGGUCCAAACCAUUUAAUCGAUUUUAGAUGUGAAUCCGACAUCUCUGCGGCCAAGACUUAAAAAACUGUUUGAUGCCACGACUUGCCGACUGGAGUAGGAAGUUGGAACAUCAAAAAAUUUCUAGAUAUAAUUUUAUACAUAUAUAAAAAGAAAACACGAACGUUACGAAAUGCAACUCUCAUCACGUUAUAUACAUUAUAAAUGUUAGAAUUUCAGAAAAUUGUACAUUGUGAGAGAUUAUAGAGAGAGUUGUAUAUCCUUGCCAGCUUGAAACAAAGCAUAAUAAAAUUGCUGCACAGUGUAAAUAAAUUUAUUCAUGUUGUAAUCAAAAGAUAGAAUGUAGAAUAUUUUCUACUGCAUGAGAUGUUGCAGUUUAAUUAUUUAAAGAAAAUGAAAAAAAUAUUAU